AUGUCCCAAGGCAAUUACCUGCGCAUGGCUUCGACACUACUAGCAGGAUCCAUCUUGACGGACCGUGAUCCAUGCAGGUACAUGGCAACUACUCAGGUGCCAAUUCUCACCAGCAACGCCCAGCAAUAUCACUUGCGCCACCGCGGCGUCGCAAACGCACCACGACGCACCGCAAUGUCCGUGCCCGUCAUGGUAACCAAGGCCUUGUUCGGCGCUCUGCUCGUGCGGAGCCGAUCUCGCGUCAACAGCAGAGCCAUCCAGUGUCAGAGGCGUGGCAUCUCCUCGUCGGCGCCGUCGCUUCUGGAACAUGGCGUAAGUCGCCAAUCUCCGUGA